CCUCCAUCCCAAGCAGCCCAAGCAUCCAGAGCAAACGUCUUUUAUCGGCAAACAUCGCUGCUUUUUUGCAGAAACCUGCGGCUGCCUCUGCUUGCCGAUCGCAGCAGCUUUGCCGAAACGCGUUUUUGUGAUUUUAUUGCCAUCCAUCUCCGUUGUCAUCGGUGGAGCUUUCUACGUUGAUUAGUGUUUGCUGGACGUUUCCCUGUUGGGUCGGUCGGCCCUGCAUUGGACUUCUCUCUUGUUUCGUCGGUUUGUGCUCUACCAUCGUCCGCCUGUCAAACGAGGUCGCUGUCUGCCUGAGCAAUAAGACAUUCGACACACGUGGCUUUGGGCAAGGGUCUGAACACGAUAUUCAGUGGCUGCCAUGUCCAGCUACGGCUUGUCUGGCGGCAGUGGCGCCGGCGAUGAUGCCGCAAAUCCCAAGUUUGAAUCGCUACUUGCUCAGCUCCGCCUCCAGUCGUCGCCGAGUCCCGGCCCCGGCGCGCCCUCCGACUCCGAGUAUCGCGGUCAGUUCAACUACAAUCCCAGCAAUCAGUCAUUCUACGGCAAUCACUCCAAUUCCGACUCACCCAAUCUGCCGAGCCAUGCCCAACACGCCUUGGAUUCGCCCGCUUUCCUCCCCGAAGCUCCUACACCGCCCGUUGCCUUCUCCCACUCCCAGUUCCCACCCGGCAUGAUGAAUUCCAUGGCCGCCGUUCGCGGUGGCGGACCUGGGACUGGAGACGACCGGACCUCGCAUUUGCUGAACCUGCUCAAGUUCAGCGGGCAGGGUGGCCCUGCGAACUCGCACCAACCUUCGGCUCGGGAGCCGCCAAUGACUUUCAACCCAGCGCCGAUUGCACCACCCGUCAUCCAUGCGCCCGCCCCCGCAGCCGCCGAUCCCACUGGCUUGCUUGCUGCUCUUAUGAAGGGCAGCCUGCAGCCCGAACCAGUCAGGCCAGAGCCCAGCUCCUCGUCAUGGAACCAGGCAUCGCCCCCCUCGGGCACCCAGCAGUACCUCCUCAAUCUCCUCAACAGGCCCAAACCGAGCCAGCACGAGGCAGCCGAGCCCGCAGAAUCCAGCCUGCUUACACCACCGCCGGCUGCCGACGAUCACAGGGAUAACGAGAGCUCGCACGGUGGCCGCUCUGCAGAGCCUACUCUUGUCGGGACGUUGGCGUCACGCUCCGAGUUCGAUUUUGAACCCAAGGACCUUGAGUCUCCGCCUCCAAAGUUCGAUUCCACCCCACAUUCUCAACAUUCGCACCAGUCCAGCUCGAGGCCGGCUGUUUUUGGCUACCAAGACCAUUUGGACAACCAUUCGGGACCGUCACCGGCCCAUAAAACACCGAAAUCUUCCACCACGCCAGGUGGUUCGGGCUCGACCGUUGGUCCUGCACACCACCCGGCGCCCGUCCCGACCCAAAUCCUCAAGAAGCCCGAUCCUGUCCAGGCGGCCCACGAACAGAAGCGUCCACUCAGCGACCACGGCGCUGUCGACAGCCCUGAGCAUACCAGGCGCAAGCUCGAGCACCCGGUCUCUCCUCUAUCGCAAAUGCACGCCGCCCCCGGACCCAAGAGCAGGUCUGUAUCGCCCCUGUCAAACAAUCCCAGCUCGUUGGUCCAUGCGGUUCCGGCUACUGGCCGUGCCGCCAGCGAAGACAAGAAAGAGAGCGUGGCGGAUGCCGUCAGCGGCCUCGCCGAGCAGGCCAAUAGAGAAGCCAGCGAGGCUCUGGCUCGAGCCGAACAGGAACACACAGAGGCCGUUGAACCUGCCGAGCAGCUGGAGCGCACCAUUAGCGCUACAAAGGACGAGGGAUCUUCACAUUCGCCCCGCGCGUCCUCUCCGGUCGAUAAGAGAGAGCCGACCGAGGAAGAGGGCCGGGCGUUCCUGGAUUCCAGCCUCGCACAGGAUUUUGCCCAAUCGACCCGGGGACUCGUGGCUGACAGCUGGGAGAGCGCCGAGGCCGAGGAGAUCGUCGUCAUUGAGGAGACGGCUGCUCCUGUCAAGGUGUACAACUUCCCCAUGAAGCCAUGGAUCACCAUAAGUCUCCAGGACACGAACGAGCCCCGCCCUGUCUUCCGCGAAGAGGCCAUUCUCGACAUUGCCCGUCUCAAGAAGGACUUUGACCAGGUGGACCGCAACCUUGUCUCGGCUACCGAGACCUACAUGGCUUACGGUAUGUCCAAGGCCGGUGGUCUACGCGUGAUAAGGCAAGACGAUGGUAAGGACGCCAAGCUUUUCACCGACACCAAAGACCGCAUCUUCAACGUCGCCAUCUCCACCUCUCCGGCCGACCACCAUGCCAAGGAGGCAGUCAUCGGCACCGGUAUCAGCGGGACUGUGUACUGGGUCCAGCUCAAGAAUGGUGAUCGAGAUCACCUGGAAGAUGCGCAUCCGGAGCAAUACGGGUUCGCUCUUCCGCCAAUGUCGACUCAGGAAGGCGGCGAUGCCCCGGGCGGCGUCCUCAAGACGCGCGCGCGCGCGUCUUCGAUGCAUCCGGACUUCUUCGCCGUCGGCAGGGGCAAGUCCAUCAACAUCGUCUGGCCCUCCUUUGUCUUCGAGAACAACUUGAUCAAGGACGGGCACGACCGCAUUGUCGAUACCGAGAAACUCCUGAAGCAAUGCUCGCUGAAGAUCAACACCGGUAAGGCUGGCAAGGACUUCACUUUUAGCCAGGACGACACUCUCGUUGUCUCGCUGGAUAAAUCCGGCCGGGUCAAGUUCUGGGACGUCCGCGACCUGACGGCUGCCAAGGAGGGCUCCGACCCCCUCAACCCCAUGCCGGCGCGGACAUCGCUGGAGAUCAAGGAGCCGCUCAUGACCCUGACUACCACGCCCGAGGGCGAAAAAGCGUGGCCCACGUCGGUGAUGCUGCUGGAUAAGUUCCGUCCGUACCAGAAACGUGCCGCCUUGAGGUACAUGGUCGUGGGCAUGAAGCAAAACCACACCCUCCAGCUCUGGGAUCUCGCAUUAGGCAAGCCGGUGCAGGAGUUCAACUUUCCGCACAACAAGGAGUCCGACGCCGUGUGUAGCGUCAUGUACCAUGCGCCGUCCAGCAUGAUCAUUGUCGGGCAUCCGACUCGCAACUCGAUCUACUUCCUCCAUCUGUCGGCGCCCAAGUACACGCUCAAGAAUCUUUCCCAGGUCGACUACAUCCAACGCCUUGUCGCUCAGGAUCCGUCAAUCCCGCAGCCAGAGUCUACUGCCGUCAUUAGUGGUAUUCGGGAGUACUCGCUUGCCAAUAAGGGUGUGCUCCGCAGUCUCGAUAUUCUCGAAAAUCCCACUGCUUCCGCUGACAAUGACGAGCCGACGCUCUUCGAGCUGUACGCCAUGCACUCCAAGGGUGUCACGUGCUUGUUCAUCAAGCAGUCGGAGCUGGGUUGGACGAAGGACAACAAGGUGAUCGCCCCUGCCGAUGCCGUCGAAGCUGGUCUGGCCAAAAUUUCAAAGCUGGUGGCUCCGACCCCGGGCCAUCCGACCGAGACACAACACGGCAGCGUUGCGGGUGAUGCUGCUGCAACUCCGCAGAUUCGGAUCGCCACGCGUGGCGCUAAGGACGCCGCGCUGAAGGUCCCAUCGCCCCAGGUUGACGAGAAGAAGGUCUCGGAGGCGGUGACUCCGCCAAAGUUCGAGCGUAAGGAUGAGGUUGAAACCCCGGGACCUGCGCCGGAGAGGAGCGAAAAGAAAGGGCGAAAGAAGAAGGCCGCCGCUGCUGCCGCUGCUGCGGCCGCCGCCGCCGCCGGUUCUACCGAUCGCGACAACAUGACGUCGAAUGGCGCGGUUGACAUCAGUCGGGCGCUAUCGCAGUCCAAGGCCAACAGCAAAUCUUCUCGCAACCCCGAGGCAUCUUCGGACACCGCUUCGAGCAAACCUUCCACCGAUUUCUCAUUCGCCUCCAACGCGAUUUCCCAAGAACUCGACGCUGUGGUCACCAAAAUGGAGUCGCGCAUCGUUUCCAACAUCUCGGGUCGUUUCGAUGCUGUUUUCAAUGAAAUUUUGAAGCAGAUGCAAACUUUCCAGGACAGUCGCGACUCGGCCUUUGCCAGCAAUCAGUCAACCUUGCUGCAGAUGGUCGCUGACGUCCUCAACGACAACACCGAGGCGGUUCUGAAGAAUUUGAUCAUCGCCCAGAUCAAUAACAAUGUCAUACCCUCGGUCCGCAGCGCCGUCGACAAAUCUGUGUCCGACCAGCUCAGUGCCAGAUCGAGCGCCCAAGUUAGCGCCAUUCAAAAGGAAAUACAGAGGCUCCUUCCCAACGCGCUCAACCAGAUAAUGCAGAAGCCGGACGUUCUCAAACCGAUCUCGGACAAGGUCUCGCACAGCAUCAAUGCCCAGGUUGAGGCACAGAUCAGCAAUUCGCUUAACAUUCUCGCUCCCGCCAUCGCCAAGACGACGGCUCAGAGUGUGCAUCAGCGCAUUGUUGAGGAUGUCAACGGUCGGAUCAGCGAGGCCUUCGCGCAGCUUGAGGAGCGUCGCCGAGGCGAAGAUGCUAAGUUCGACCGACUGAUUGGUCUGACGCAGGACCUCUCCAAUGCCAUCUCGUCCUUGGCGGCGACUCAAACCCAGAUGCAGCAGGAGCUCGCGGCUCUGAAGCAACAGAUUCACGACCAAGUUCGCGAGAGGCCUUCUGCCGCCGAAGAACAUGCCCGUGGCCAUGGACACUCUCACAGCGGCGCUGGCUCCCAUGGCCUGCCCAGUGCCGGCUCGCGGGAGCUGGUCAGCUAUCCCGCACAGCAUCACCAGCAUCAGCCACCUGCGGCGCAUUCGCACCCAGCCCAGGCCCCGUACGGGCACCAAGCGCACCAGCAGCACCAGCAUCCUCAUCAAUACGGCAGCCAAGAAGGACAGGUGGUGUUCGCGCCCCUCAGCCGAGAAGAGCGUCAGAAGUUGGAGCUUGAAAACCUGACAGAGGCGAUUGACGGGCUGAUGCGGUCAGGCAAUUAUGAUGAGGCCAUGCUGCGAUGGCUUCAGUCGGGCGACAGCACCGAAGAGGUGUUCCAGCAGGUGCUAUCUAACUACAACCCAAUCUUCGUGCAGGAGCUGCAGCCUCUCCUCUUGCUUUCAGUCGGCGCCACGGUGUCGGUUGACCUGAGCCGCAACUCGCAAAAACUGAUGAAGAAGGUGAACCUCUUGGAGGUUGUAAUCUACGCAUUCAACCAGAAGCUUGGGAGUUUGGAUGACCAAGUCCGAGAAGUCACGCCCAAGAUUAUGACGCUGCUCAAGACACGGAUUGAGCAGCUGCUCCUCGAAAUUAGCCGUAUCGCGCCGCACGAUCCAGCGCUCAAGACCCUCUCCAGUAUGAGCCAGAUCGCUGGCCGCAUUGCUGAGAGCGUCCAGGUGCGCCACGGCCCUAUGCAUGCGCCUGGUCACAUGGGCGCUCCCUUUUAGACGUGCUGCACCGGAUAAGAUGAUAGAAGGUGCCCACACAUUAUGAUGGAGGGCAGGCAGGCAACACGGUGCUGGCUUUAGGAAUAUGUCAUGAUGGCUCUGAUCGAUACCCUCGGUGGCGCAGCGGUUUCUGGUUGGGCAGAUUGGGGCAUUUGGGGUACGGUCAGCUCAGACAUCAAUUCGUUCCUUUUCAAGACGGAGAUUCUGGUGGCCCAUAUUAACCCGUGAAUUCGGUGGCAGCGGGAGACUGGAAGGCCGUGUGUUAUGAAACGCCAUGUAUGUACAGUAUAACAGAUGGUUUUGAUUUUAAAGACAAAUUGGGACUCUUUAC